AUGGCGGCGGCAUCAACAGCAACAACGACGGACUCGCCCAAAGUCCGGGGCGUCCGUAUUGCCAUUGACAGAGGCGGUACCUUUACCGAUUGUGUGGGCGAGUACAAUGGCGAGGAGAUAAUCAUCAAGCUCCUGUCCGAGGACCCGGCCAACUACAAGGAUGCCCCUCUUGAGGGUAUCAGGCGCAUCAUGAGUCACUUCCUGGGCCGGGACAUACCGCGUGGUGAGCCCCUGCAGACGUCCAAGAUCGACUCGAUCCGCAUGGGUACCACCGUGGCCACGAAUGCCCUGCUGGAACGCAAGGGCGAGAAGAUUGCCCUCGUCGUCACCGAGGGCUUCAAGGACUGUCUGACCAUCGGCAACCAGAGCCGCCCCAAGAUCUUUGACCUGGCCAUCCGUAAGCCCGACGUCCUAUACGAGCACGUCGUCGAGAUUGACGAGCGCGUCACCCUCGAGGACUACGCCGAGGACCCGGAGAGGACCGUCACCCAGGUCGACGACGGCGCCGGCGCCGAGGGCAAGGACCUCGUCCGUGGUCUCUCAGGUGAGACCGUACGCAUCCUAAGGAGGGCGCAGUCGGAUCAGGUCCGCGCCAAGCUUCAGGACGUGUACGACAAGGGCAUCCGCAGCAUCGCCGUCUGCUUGCUGCACGGCUACACCUUCCCGCAUCACGAGGCUCUCGUUGGCCGUGUCGCCAGGGAGAUCGGCUUCGAGCACAUCUCGCUGAGCCACGAGCUCAUGCCCAUGAUCAAGCUCGUGUCGCGAGCCACGUCCGUCUGCGCCGAUGCCUACCUCACCCCCGCUAUCAAGAAGUACAUUGACGGCUUCCAAUCGGGAUUUGCUGGCGGCCUGGGAACCCGUAGUGUCCAGCAGGAGGACGGUGCCAGCGGCACGAGGUGCGAGUUCAUGCAGAGCGACGGCGGCCUCGUCGACGUCGACAAGUUCUCCGGCCUCAAGGCUAUCCUGUCGGGACCGGCAGGUGGUGUUGUCGGCUAUGCCAUUACUUCGUACGACGAAAACACCAAGGUCCCCGUCAUCGGAUUCGACAUGGGAGGUACUAGCACAGACGUCUCUCGAUACGGCGAGGGCCGCUAUGAGCACGUCUUCGAGACUACGACGGCCGGUGUGACGAUUCAGUCCCCUCAGCUUGACAUCAACACGGUCGCCGCCGGUGGCGGUUCCCGCCUCUUCUUCCGCAACGGCCUGUUCGUCGUCGGUCCCGAGUCGGCCGGUGCUCACCCGGGCCCGGCCUGCUACCGCAAGGGGGGUCCGGCUACGGUGACAGAUGCGAACCUGUACCUCGGCCGUCUUCUCCCCGAGUUCUUCCCCAAGAUCUUUGGCAAGAACGAGGACCAGGGCCUGGACCCCGAGGCCAGCCGAGUCGUGCUCCAGGAGCUGGCCGACCAGGUCAACAGGGAAACGGGCAAGAACAUGACGGCCGACGAGGUGGCCUUUGGCUUUCUAACUGUUGCCAACGAGGCCAUGACCCGUCCCAUCCGGUCCAUCACCGAGGCCAAGGGGCACGACACGUCUAAGCACAGACUGGCGACAUUUGGAGGCGCCGGCGGGCAGCAUGCCGUCGCUAUUGCCGAGUCUCUGGGGAUCCGGCAAAUCCUCGUCCACCGCUAUUCUUCCGUGCUGUCCGCCUACGGCAUGGCCCUAGCAGACGUUGUGGACGAGAGGCAGGAGCCCGAGUCUACGGUCUGGAGGGAGGGUGACGGCAAGGUUGUCGGUGAGCUGCAGGCCAAGAUGCAGAAGCUCAAGGACAAGUCCCGGGCUUCCCUCAACGAGCAAGGUUUCAAGAAUGACGAGAUUGUCUUUGAGGAGUACCUCAACAUUCGCUACCGCGGCACCGAGUCGGCGCUCAUGAUUGUCAAGCCGACCGAGGAGGAGUCCAAGGAGAGCUUCGGGGGAAAGGACUGGGAGUUUGGUAAGGCCUUUGUCAAGCAGCACCGCUACGAGUUUGGCUUCAACCUCGACGACCGGGACCUGAUUGUCGACGACGUGCGCAUCCGCGGUAUCGGCAAGAGCUUCCGUCACAAGGACCAGACUGUCGACCAGCAGCUGCAGUCGAUCAGGAAGCAGGCUGUGACCGAGGACAAGAAGCACGGAAGCCAGGAGGUCUACUUUGAUGGUGGAAGGCGUCAGACCCCCGUAUUCAAGCUUGAGAGUCUCAGUAUCGGCGACGUCGUCAACGGGCCUGCCAUGCUUGCCGAUGGCACUCAGACUAUUGUGGUGCCUCCUAAGUCUAAUGCGCUUAUUACCGGUACGCAUGUCAUUAUUGACAUUGAGGAAGAGACUGCCAAGGAGACCAACACAAACGUGGUUGAUCGCGAGGCCGACCCCAUCAUGCUCAGCAUCUUUGGCCACCGGUUCAUGGCCAUUGCCGAGCAGAUGGGCCGCGCCCUGCAGAAGACGAGCGUCAGCACAAAUGUCAAGGAGCGCCUUGACUUCUCGUGCGCCAUCUUUGACGCCAGCGGCGGUCUCGUGGCCAACGCUCCGCACCUCCCCGUGCACCUGGGGUCCAUGUCGACGUGCGUACGCCAGCAGGCCGAGAUCUGGAAGGGGAGGCUGCAGAAGGGAGACGUCAUCAUCUCCAAUCACCCUUCGUACGGCGGCACUCACCUGCCGGACGUGACGCUCCUGAUGCCGGCAUUCGAUGCCAAGGGCGAGAAGAUUCUCUUCUACGCCGCCUCGCGUGCGCACCACGCCGACAUUGGCGGCAUCAGUGCCGGCAGCAUGCCCCCGCACUCCCGUGAGCUGUACCAGGAGGGGGCGUCGAUCCCAAGCGAGAAGCUGGUGAGCGGGGGCAAGUUCGACGAGAAGCGCGUCGUCGAGCUCUUCUACGACGAGCCGGCCAAGCACCCGGGCUGCAGCGGGUCUCGUUCGCUGGCGGACAACAUCAACGACCUGCGGGCUCAGGUGUCGGCCAACCAGAAGGGCAUCUCGCUGAUCGAGACGCUGAUCGAGGAGUACGGCGAGGAGACGGUGCAGUUCUACAUGGUCAACAUCCAGAAGAACGCGGAGCUGUGCGUGCGGCGCCUCCUCAAGGACGUGUACAAGCGCUUCGAGGGCAAGGACCUCUCGGCCGUCGACCACAUGGACGACGGCAGCCCGAUCAGGCUCAAGAUCCGCAUCGACGCCGAGAAGGGCGAGGCCGAGUUCGACUUUGCCGGCACGGGGCCCGAGGUCUACGGCAACAUCAACGCGCCCCAGGCCAUCACCUUCAGCGCCAUCAUCUACUGCCUCCGCUGCCUGAUAUCGGAGGACAUACCGCUGAACCAGGGCUGCCUGCGCCCGAUCAACGUCAAGAUCCCGCCGCGUUCGCUCCUCUCCCCCUCGCCCGGCGCGGCCGUCGUGGGCGGAAACGUGCUCACCAGCCAGCGCAUCACCGACGUCAUCUUCAAGGCCUUCGAGGCCUGCGCCGCCAGCCAGGGCUGCUGCAACAACCUGACGUUUGGCUUCGGUGGCAACCAGGCCGGCCAGAAGACGGUCCGCGGCUUCGGCUACUACGAGACCAUUGCCGGAGGCAGCGGCGCCGGCCCGUACUGGGCAGGAACUAGCGGCGUACACACACACAUGACCAACACGCGCAUCACCGACUCAGAGAUAUUCGAGCGCCGCUACCCCGUUAUCCUGCGCGAGUUCUCCCUGCGCCAAGGCUCCGGCGGCAACGGCCAGCAUCGCGGCGGCGACGGCGUCGUGCGCGACAUCGAGUUCCGCAUCCCCCUGCAGGUCUCUAUCCUCAGCGAGAGGCGCGUGUACCGCCCCUACGGUCUCAACGGCGGAGAGGACGGCGAGUGCGGUCUGAACCUGUGGGUGAGGCGGGUCAAGCGUGCUGACUGGCAGAAGUCGCUCAAGGAGUUGCAGAGUGGUGGUAGUGGUGGUGGUGGUGGUGCUGCUGCUGCUGCCGCUGCAGAGAGUGAGAGCAAGCGUGAGGACGAGGGCGAAGAUGAGUACGAGGAGAGGCAUAUCAACCUUGGAGCCAAGAACUCGGCUGCCAUGAAGGCUGGCGAUCGUAUCAUCGUGUGUACGCCUGGUGGUGGAGGAUGGGGUCCAGUUGGGGAGGACAGCCUGGAGAAGAACACGGUUGAUCAUACGGAUGGGUGGAGGAAGGGUAGUGGUGCGGCAAGGGACGAUGCCGCGCUGCAGGUAUAA